CUUGGCAAUGGGGUCUUCUCAUACCAAUCUGUCCUUUCAUUCACUUCUAAGUACGAUUUCCGAUUUUUGAUCGCCUGAUUUGUACUAUGUGAUACUGGGUUGUGACGAAACAACGUCCUUGACGUCAUUAUCGUGGUGUAAUAGCCGUGGUGUAAAUUCAUCACACCACUGUCAUUACAUCAUGGCUUCGGCUGACUCAAAGUUUGACGAUUUGUCAGAUGCAGACAUUGAUUCCCUUAUUGAUGAUGCAAUUCCUAAAAACGCCAAGAGGGCAACUGCUUGGGAAAUAUCUGUUUUGAAAGAAUUGAAGGCCAGAGACAUUAAGGUGGUAAAAACGUUACAUAACGCGACAGUUGAGGAUUCAAAGAUGUCUGAAGAACUUCUCAGUCCGAGCACUUACCACGUCUUAGCCUUUGUUUACAUCGUGUUGGCCAUCGCUGCAAUCUUCUUCAAUUCCAUAGUCCUUUUGACGUUUAUUAUGGACCGUUCCCUCGUUUUGCCAGCCAACGUUCUCAUCAUAAGCAUAGCUACUUCUGAUUGGCUGAUGGGAGUUAUGAUAAAUCCCCUGGGAGCAGCCGCAAAUGCGUCGGAGUCUGCAUGGUUCACUGACACUACCUGCACAUUUUAUGCUUUCGUGUCAACUUUCUUAGGCCUUGGAACCAUGUUGCAUCACGCAGCAUAUGCAUUGGAUCGAUAUUUCGUACUCUCUCGGCCAAUGGAAUCACAACACAGCAUGAGUCGCAUGAUAACAGUGGUUCUGAUACUAUGGGGUUUUUCCCUUAUGUGGAGUCUUUUCCCUUUGUUUGGCUGGUCUGCGUACGUCCCUGAGGCCGGGAGAAUUGCUUGCUCCUUACGAUGGCAAUCGGCCAAACAAGGCGACACUUUCUUCGUCAUCUGCCUUUUUGCGUUUUUCUACAUCAUUCCACUCGGCGUCAUCCUAAUCUCUUACACACUCAUGUUCGUAAACGUUCGAUACAUGACAAAAAACGCUCAAAAAAUCUGGGGAGUUAACGCAGCUGCUACCUUGGAAACUAUCAAAGCAGCGUGGAAAAUGGCCAAGAUUGGCUUGCUUAUGUUCAUUGGAUUCUUCGCCGCAUGGACUCCAUACGCAGUCGUUUCCUUCUACGCAGCCUUCCUUUCGACCGACUUUUCGCUUAUUACUGCUGCUUUCCCAGCGAUGUUCGCCAAGACAUCCAACAUCUAUAACCCAAUCAUUUAUUUUUUCGCAUACAAAAACUUUCGCGAAAGCCUGUUGAAACUAUGGCGUCGAUACAGGAACAGAAAUACCGUGAUGCCCCUCGGUCAGUCUAGUAAUGCAGCCUUUGUCAUAAGCUCCGCCACAAGGUCAAGACAACGCCAUGAUUCCACCUCGGUUGAGGAAUUCUCUUUAUAAAAACCUGAAAAGAAUACAACAUUACAUUGUAGUCUUGCGACGCUCUCCAUGUAAAUGCAGUGUCAUGAUUAAACAUUUCAAUGGGUGGAAGACUUCUCCCUUCGUAAGCCAUCAAGAAUUCUGGCAGCGCACGAGACAAGACAUUCAGCACUGGCAUGCAGUAACACACAACUACAUGUCAACAACAAAGGAAAAGUAUUGUUGAAGAGUAUAUGACUGUCUCUUGUAUGAUUCUGUAAGCACAAAUUACCUGUUUCUAUUUAUCAUUGCAACCCACACUGUAAAUUGGAAUGGAGUUCCUCUCAAGUAAAGCCUCCAAACGUGGAACGAGACUUUGUGGAUGCAUAUUGUUAAUUACCCAGUUGAUUGUAGAGAUUAAAGCGAUCCGAUUGGUCAAUUACUGUACUAUAUCCUUCUUUAAGUACUCACUGGGAAGUGAUUGUAAUAAUGAAGCCCUUCCUUUGAAAAAAAAGACAGCAAUCAAAUAAAAAAUGGCCACCAAGCGAUUUCUUGAUGUUCUUGAAUAAGAAGUAUUAUCAAGAAAUGAAAAAAGAGUAGUAAUCAUCCUGGAAACUACACGAAAAAGAGUAAUUCUUCUUGCAUGGUGGAGAACGUUGUCUCAGGAACUGUUCGACAACUACUUUGCCUCUGUUGAAAAAGCUCGUGGUCGCUCUUGGUGAGUAGACACAACGACAGUGCUGUUUGAAUAAUAUUUCGCCUCAGUCGAUACAGCAGCACUGACCACCAGUAGCAACUCGAUGAGACUGCGGAUUGCAUGCGGUGUCCUCAUUUGCACGGUCAUGUGUGACUUUGUUUGAUUAACUGUUGAAAACAUAUCCAUAACUAUCAAUCUCAAAUAUUUCAAUGGAAUACUGCUCGAGACUUAUUGAAGUCGCAUCUCGUGAAUUAACAUGAUCAGUACACAACGAUUCGCGAACUAAUUGCUUUGCAACAGGGUUUACGUGGAAAGUUCUCGAGAAGAAGAGGGCUUCGUAAAGGGUGAUCCAAUAUCCCGUGCAGCCCCCUCCGUCUUAAAAGACGAAAAUGCAUUGAACCAGCAAACAAAAUCGUUAAUAAUUGAAAAAGUUCAGUGCUGCUUUCAUCAAGGGGAAUUAAUACACCUUUGUUAUUCUAAGUUGUUAAAUUAACCAUAUCGCUAUAAUGAAAUCUCUGCUGUCAGCACUAACCGUUAAAUAAGUGAAAAAUCUAGCAAUUUUUGUUCAACUUCAAGAUAUUGCGUGAUUUAACUUUGGAAGAAAAUCGAUGCCCUUUCUGCUUGUUUCAUUUGCACAUGUUAAAGGUACAAAUUACCUGACUGAGACAACUAUCUCGUAUUUUUUUUCUCAAAGGACAACAACAACAAAGACGACGAGGACAACAAAAAAAAAAUUAUACAAAAGAGAAACAUCCGAUUACAUUAUCUUGUAUCUAUUUCUCUCUAAAUCCUUGCCAUUUACAUUAUCGUAUACAACUUAACACCUUUAUUAUAGAUUUGACAACAUAUCCCUUAGAAAGAUUCCUUUGAUGGAGAGUUAUACAAAAUCCUUACACAGACGUGAAAAGUCCACCAUCUCAUGAUCUCAUCGGUUCAUUCAGCAGCAACCAGGCACUUUCUUAGCUUGUUAUUACGUCCUUGGUGAUCUUUAGGAUAUCUAGUUUUCUUAAAUUUGUACCUCCCUGAGGCACCUACUGAUACUUUUAUAAAUUUAUUUAUUUAUGCAA